UAGCUAAAGGUCCGUUGAAUACCGCAAUAGGUUUUUGGUACUACUCCGAUUGCUUCGUUUAAUUUCUUGUUUUCCCUUCUGCAUGAAUGUAGAUUAGAACUUUACAAUUAUGUUUUGUUAGAGUAGGUAAAUUAUUUAAAAUGUACACUUUACUGCACGGCUUUUAUAAGUAUAUAAUACAGAAAGACGAAUAUUGCGUUCUAAUACUCGGCCUAGACAAUGCUGGCAAAACGACAUAUUUGGAAGCAACGAAAACAAAAUUUACCAAAAAAUAUAAGGCUAUGAACCCAAAUAGGAUAACAACAACCGUCGGACUUAAUAUAGGUAAAAUAGAUGUGAACGGUGUAAGACUUAAUUUCUGGGACCUUGGUGGUCAGCAAGAAUUACAAUCCCUAUGGGAUAAGUACUAUGCUGAAUGCCAUGCAGUUAUCUACAUAGUUGACUCAUCAGAUAGGGACAGGGUAUCUGAAUCCAAGGAAACCUUUGAUAGAAUGAUAUCCUCAGAACAUUUAGCCGGUGUACCUUUGCUGGUGCUUGCGAACAAACAAGACAUUCCAGACUGCAUGGGCGUCCACACAGUGAAGCCCAUAUUCAAUCAGAACGCACACCUGAUUGGUGCUAGGGACAUCAUGUUAAUGGCAACAUCGGCAUUAACUGGUGAUGGCGUGGACGAAGGCAUCCGAUGGCUUGUAGACUGCAUAAAACGCAACAGCGUCGAUCGUCCUCCCCGUAACCACGAUGAUAACUUAUGAGCAUUUAAAGAGCGACACACGCACGAUACAUGCUCAGUAAUCGUAUCGAGUCGUACCUACAUAAUACAAUGAAUAAUAAUUAGUUUUCCUAUUAAGAUAAUGUGUAUAUGACUCGUUCAGUCCAUUGUUUUGUACAGUAUUGACAUUUGAAAAUAAAACAUUACUAGAAGUGGUAUUGCUGUCCUUUUUCAGUGAUAAAUUGUACCUUUGAUAAGAGAUACGUUGUGACUGGAUAUUUGAGGAGCACCUGCACCUGAUAAAACACCUCUGAUAACAGUUUAGUUUGCACUGUCGUCAAAUAUCGUGGCAUACUGUGUGAAAUGUUUUUAUUAAAAGAUUUAUAGUUA